AUGUCCCUAUCAUCGAGCACCUCUGCGCAGUUUGCCCCUAUUCGGAGGUCACCGUUGCCCUCAACCCAUUCGUUAGCCACAUUAACCAACAACAAUCAUCUAAACAAUAAUUCGAUUGUUAAUCCACCGCUUGAGCCCGUACUUGAGACUACACCGCUUACUAACGGAGGGCCGAAACUAAAGAAGGCCACUGUACCGGUCCCGGAUCCACGACGUCCUGUAUUCAGAGAGCAGCCUGUAUCGCGUGUACUUCCCGAAACAGCCGGAUAUAUCCAUGAUGUCAAAACUGUGAAACUAACGAGCCUAUUAGGCUGUUUACAAGUGAAGACGAAGAAGUGA